GCAUAUGCAAGAAAAACAUAUAUGUGCUCAAAAUAAAGCCCAAUAAUAAAAUAGUCUUGUUGGGCUCGAUUUGAUAAUUGAUAAUUGAUAAUUCUAAUUUUUUAAAAAAUAACAAAACCCGGUGGUUCCCUCCCUCCUCUUGGCGCACAUCCUAAAACAAAUGGCGCGUAAAAACCUACCCUGUCUGGUCUCAAAGUCGAAAGUCAAAUCUUCUUUUAGUAAAAACAAAACAAAAUUUUCGAACCAACAUAGAAACAGAGAAUCUUCCUAUUUCCCUCCAUAUUACAGAGCCCUUUUUCAAGUUUCAGAAUUUUAGAACCAUUCUCAAAAUCCCUCCACAAAAUGAAAAACACAAAAAACUUCAAAAAUCAAAUCUCAGAUCCGUCAUUUCCAAAUCCGGUUCAAAGUCCCUCUUAUUCACACACUUCAUAUACAUUUCCUCACUUCUUCCUUCCAUCCUCAAAUCCAUCUCUCUCUCUUUCUUCUCUCUAUUCUCUUUCUUUCUCUACUACAUCAAUGGCGAUUCUAUAUUCAAAGCCUCAACACGACAACAAAGAGAAUAUCUCACUCUCACCCUCAGAGAUGGUCACCAUUUCUGUCAAACCUCUAGAUUCUUCAUCCAUUGAUAAAGACAAAACCCAAAUCAGAAUAAGAAGAAAAAGAUCUAGGAAGCCUCUUCAAGACAUCACCAACCUCUUUGUCUCGUCAUCACCAUUGUCCUCUUCGUUUCUGAUUCGUCACAUUCCCUCUUCUCCAUCUCUAUCACUUGAUCCCAAAUGCAUGAAGAGAAGAUCUGGUCUUUCCCUCAAGCCUGCUACUUCUUCUUCUACCUUCUCUUGUAGAAAUUUCAGAUGAUUUUUUUUCUUUGGAAACCGUUGUUUAACCCUCUUGAUGGGUUCUUCGUUUCCCAUUUUCGAAAUUUUGUUUAUCACUUUUUUUUUUUUUGUUAAUUAUCGAUAUUAAUCAAUACCUUGCCAUUAGCAUUCAUGUACAACACAAGAUUUAUUUCUAUGAGUAUACUGGUUUCUCAAUAAUUCUGAUUCUUGCAGAUUAUUUGUUCAACAUUGGUAUAAUUAUUAUAUCCCUGAGUUCAACGAAUGGAUCUGAAUAUUGUAUAACUAAGAACAUUUUAGAUGGAAAUAAAGUUAGUGAUAGCAAUUACAAUCCAGCUACAGAAAUUGUCUUUAGGAUCAAGGCCUGUCGACUGAUAUAAAAAUGUGGACCAUUUUAUCUGUGUUUCAAAUAAUGAGAUAAUAUUUAACUCUAAAACAUACAUAAAACUCUCUUGAAUAUUUUCUACAACUCCUAAUUAUAACCU